UACUAGGAUUAUAUUGAAAUCCAUUUAUUUCCUGAAACGAUUCCUCUCUCUAUCUCCUUCUAGUUGGCACCUCUUGGAUGCUAUAGCAGUUUCCAACUUUUGGUUCGUUGAUAUUCAUUUAAUUUCUAUCUCAUUUUCAUCAAUUUAUUUUUCAUCUCUUCAUUCUAUUUGUAUACGUCUCUAGGGUGGAAACCGUUGUUUAGUUUGCUCAUAUAUAUACUGCAAUACAUCAUCAUGCAUUCAAGGAAUCAGUGGGGAGGGUCGCUUGAGCUGAGCACAAACAAUGACACUGAAGUGACUACCUCAUCAGGAGCCUAUGAUCAGUGGGACAAGGCUGCACUGCUUGAUCAGAAUCACCAUGAUCAUAAUCUUCAACGCCAUGAUUUGGAUGAAACAUUACAAAGCUGGGUUCUGGAAAGGGAAGCAGUGAAGAGGAAAAAGUAUGUGGAUUUUGGGUGCGUUGUGUGCAGCCACAAGGCAUUGAAAUGGGUAUUAGGUUCCCUUUUUGUGGCAUUCUGUGUCAUCGGUCUACCCAUCAUCGUCGCCAAGUCGUUGCCCAAGCACCAUUCUCCGCCGGCGGCGCCCGAUAAUUACACCCUUGCCCUUCACAAAGCACUCCUCUUCUUCAACACUCAAAAAUCUGGGAAAUUGCCAAAGAGCAAUGGUAUUCCAUGGCGAGGGAACUCAGGGUUACAAGAUGGAAAUGACAGUGAUGUUAAAGGAGGACUUGUUGGAGGUUAUUAUGAUGCAGGGGACAAUGUUAAGUUCCACUUUCCCAUGUCAUUUGCUAUGACAAUGCUCAGCUGGUCUGUGCUGGAAUAUAAACAGAAGUAUAUGAAAGUUAAUGAGUAUGACCAUGCCCGAGAGCUCAUUAAGUGGGGUACUGAUUAUUUGCUCUUAACCUUCAAUAGUUCUGCCACCAAAAUCAACAAAAUUUAUGGCCAGGUUGGUGGAGCUCUAAAUGGUUCUACAACACCAGAUGACCAUUACUGUUGGCAAAGACCAGAAGACAUGAGUUAUUCACGCCCAACCACAACUAUAUAUCAAGGUCCUGAUCUUGCAGGGGAAAUGGCAGCAGCACUAGCAGCAGCAUCCAUAGUUUUCCAAGAUGAUGCUUCCUACUCCAAGAAACUCAUCAAGGGCGCCGAAACCGUCUUUGCCUUCGCCCGAGACUCCGGUAAGAGGGCGCCUUACAGCCGCGGCCAGCCUUACAUUGCACCUUACUACAACUCCACUGGCUACUUUGAUGAGUACAUGUGGGGUGCUACUUGGUUGUACUAUGCCACUGGAAAUAGCUCCUACAUUUCCUUGGCAACAAACCCUUCCUUGCCUAUGAAUUCCAAGGCAUUUUUUAUGAAUCCUGAUUUGAGUGUUUUGAGCUGGGAUAACAAGUUGCCUGCGGCAAUGUUGUUGCUAACAAGGUUCAGGGUGUUUUUGAAUCCUGGGUACCCUUAUGAGGAGAUGCUCAGGAUGUACCAUAAUGUUACUGGUCUUACCAUGUGCUCUUAUCUUCAGCAAUUUAAGGUCUUCAACUGGACAAAGGGGGGAUUGAUCCAAUUGAACCAUGGAAGACCACAAUCACUCCAAUAUGUUGCUAAUGCUGCUUUCUUGGCAUCUCUUUUUGCUGAUUAUAUGGAAGCAAGCGGUGUCCCUGGAUGGAAUUGUGGUCCUAAUUACUUUCCAAUAUCUGUUCUCAAGGAAUUUGCAACCUCUCAGGUUGAUUACAUCCUUGGUAAAAAUCCCAUGAAAAUGAGCUACAUUGUUGGGUUUGGAAACAAGUUUGCAAGACAUGUUCAUCAUCGAGGUGCAUCUAUUCCAAAUGAUAAGAAACAUUACUCAUGCAGUGGGGGUAUGAAGUGGCGUGACACCUCUAAGCAAAAUCCUAACACCAUUACCGGAGCAAUGGUUGGAGGCCCAGAUCGUUUUGACCAAUUCCAUGAUUCAAGAAGCAAUUACAACUACACUGAGCCAACUUUAGCUGGAAAUGCAGGAAUAGUAGCUGCCUUAGUUUCCUUAACAAACAUUCCAAGCAAUGGAAUUGAUAGGAACACCAUUUUUUCAGCGAUUCCACCACUUGGGCCACAAAAUCCACCUCCACCACCACCUUGGAAACCAUGAUAUUAUUUUAAACGAUCUAAACCCUCAAUGUAAGAUCAAGCUAUUGUAAUACAUUCUAAUUAAAAUUUUAGUUUAUUUGGAGGGUUAAAUAACAUUUUAGACCUUGUAUAUUUAUAAAGCCGUUCAUGAAUUUGUUUUUACUAU